ACCCAUUUUUGUAAAGCUUCUGGUGAGAAAUUGAGCUUAAAGUUUGAAGCUUUCUGAAAAUGGGUGGACUGUUCCUUCUCUGCAUCUCCAAAGACGAAAGUGUUUGUGUUUGUGUGGGAAGUGUUAUUGGUCUGUAGUGGUUUUGAUCCUUGAAAGUACUGUUCAUCAAGUUUAGAGAUGGAUACAAGUGAGAAAGAAGAGUUUUCAGGAGAGAAGAGGAAUACUAAUUAUGAUUCUACUAAUAAUCAUCCUCCAGAUUGGCAAAUCUCUGGCUCUAACCAUGUCUCUGCGCCCAUGAGUUCAUAUCCUACUGAGAAUCUGAUCUCAGCGUCUUGUUCUCAACCUCAGAUGAUGGAUUCAUUUGGGCAAGCUCUUUGGUAUGAUCCCACUAAUCUUCAAGCUGUGGGUUAUGGAGGUUUCAAUGGUGGUAACGCCUCUUCUUCGUCUUCUUGCUUUAGGGGAAAUUUAGAUAGAUCUCUUGAAAUGGGUUGGAGUCUGACUAAUCUGUUGCCUCCUAAAGGGAAUGGUCUUUUCUUGCCGAAUGCGAGUAGCUUCCUGCCUCCGAGUAUGGCUCAGUUUCCGGCUGAUUCAGGGUUUAUAGAGCGUGCAGCGAGGUUUUCGUUAUUUAGUGAUAUGGUGAAUCAACAACCAGUUGGGAAUCCGGAGUCUAUUGGUUUGUUUCUUCAAGGGCAGUGUCCAAGUAGUGAAGUAAAUGUUGCAUCUACAGCAAUGAAAGAGGCGAAUGUUAGAACUAGUGAACAAGUUAGUAAACCAAAUGUAUCUGAGGAUACUGAGUCUAGUGGUCAGAAAGGUGGGGAAACAUCUUCUAAAGGGUUUGAUUCAAAGAAGAGGAAAAGAAAUAGACAGAGUUCUGAAGCAGAUCAAUCACAGAAACCUGAGGAAGAAGCAGAGAACAAUGGUGAUAAGAAGCGGAAUGAUGAGCAAAGUCCAAACUCGCCUGGCAACAAAACAAACAGUGGGAAACAACAGGGCAAACAAGUAUCUGAUCCUAAAGAUGGAUACAUUCAUGUCCGGGCACGUAGAGGCCAGGCUACAAAUAGUCACAGUCUUGCAGAAAGAGUGAGGAGAGAAAAAAUCAGUGAAAGGAUGAAGUUUCUACAAGAUCUUGUACCUGGUUGCAACAAGGUUACUGGAAAAGCAGUUAUGCUUGACGAAAUCAUAAACUAUGUGCAGUCUCUACAACGCCAAGUUGAGUUCUUAUCGAUGAAGCUUGCAACUGUGAACCCACAAAUGGACUUUAAUCUUGAAGCUCUUCUUGCAAAAGAUGUAAGAGAGCUUCAACUACGAGGUGGUUCUUCAUCUGCAACACCCUUUCCGCAAAACAUGUCGAUGGUUUAUCCUCCUCUACCACAUGGAUUCAUGCAACAGACCCUUUCAAGCAUGGGAAGGAACAUUAGCUCUCCGUUGUCUCCCAUGAGUGGUGGAUACAAGCGACAGGAAACAAAUGGAUGGGAAAGUGAUCUGCAAAAUGUGAUACACAUUAACUAUGGAGCUGGUGAUGUCCCAUCUGACCCUGAUGCAGCAGCAGUAGCAGCUACAGUAUCUCUUCCAUCAUCAAACAUGAAGGUUGAACCAUGAGAUUUUCUUCUUGUUAGAUAGAAUAUUAAAUUCUUGUAAUCUUUUUUUUUUAGUUCACUUGGUGUUCUGUAUUAUAAUGAUGUUACAAUUAACGAAUACGAAACUACUAGUACCACUACUAAGCAUUUAAGAGUAAAAACACCAACGAUUGAGAACAGUUUUAUAUAAGUUACAUAACCUUCUUAUUUUGCUUUGUA